UUUGCCGGGAGAGAAUUAAAGGGGCAGCCCCAAAGCAGGAGAGGAUUUACUUCAGCAGAGCAGUUCAGUGCACCACAACCCACUGAGAGAGAAGGGCAGUGUGAGCAAGAGACUGGACUGCCUGGAGGAGCCUGGCACAAGUAAGGAGUUCAAAAUGACUCUCAACAACGUUACCAUGCGUCGCACCCACAAUAGCAGUCUGCACCAGCAGCAGCAGCGAUGGAGCAUCCCUGCUGAUGGAAAGAAUCUGCUGGUCCAGAAAGAUUCCAAUGAGUACAACCCACAGAAGCGAUACACCAUCAGUCCCGAUGAAUACUACAGAAGGAGCUGGUCCUCGGAGUCGUCUGACUCCGUCAUCUCCUCCGAGUCUGGCAGCAACUGCUACCGGGUGGUGCUGAUCGGGGAGCACAGCGUGGGGAAGUCCUCACUAGCCAACAUCUUUGCAGGGGUGCAUGACAGCAUCGACAGUGAUUGUGAGGUGCUGGGAGAAGACACGUAUGAAAGAACCCUGAUGGUGGAUGGGGAAAGUGCAACCAUUAUACUGCUUGACAUGUGGGAUAAUAAGCGUGAGGGAGAAUGGAUUCGAGACCACUGCAUGCAAGUGGGAGAUGCCUACUUGAUUGUCUACUCCAUCACAGACCGAGCGAGCUUUGAGAAGGCCUCUGAACUCAGAAUACAACUCCGCAGAGCACGCCAGAAAGAGGAUAUUCCCAUUAUUUUGGUUGGCAACAAAAGUGACCUUGUCAGGUGCCGUGAAGUUUCAGUGGCAGAGGGACGAGCCUGCGCCGUCGUGUUUGACUGCAAGUUCAUCGAGACCUCAGCAGCUGUGCAGCACAACGUGAAAGAGCUGUUUGAAGGCAUCGUGCGGCAAGUCCGGCUCCGGAGGGAUAGCAAGGAAAAGAAUGAGAAGCGACUGGCACUACAGAAACGGAGAGAGAGUAUCCCCAAGAAAGCCAGGCGGUUUUGGGGCAAAAUAGUUGCCAAGAACAACAAGAACAUGGCCUUCAAACUCAAGUCCAAGUCUUGCCAUGACCUAUCAGUACUUUAAGAGUGCUGGACUCUGCCAGAGCUUGUGGCAUUUUACGGACAUUAUCUAACUUUGUCAUGGGACAAUCAAUCAAUCUAUAUUAGAUUGGGCUAUCAGUGACUUAGGUUCACAGUUGUGGUUAUGAUGAUACGUGCUGGCAUAAGAACAGCACAGUGUAUGGAAAUAUCUCUCUUCCUUUUUUCUUUUCCCCAGUAGUUUUAAAAGAAAUAUAUAGACCAGAAUGACCCAAAAUUAUGCUGGGAAAUGUUCUGGAAUACCUGUUCUUUCUCCUCUUGCCUUUUGAUAAUAGUAUAAGAACCUUGAAUGCCGUGAUGUGGGAAGUGGAUACUACUGUCUAUACUCUCCUUGUUAUUAAUAUUUCCUUUUUAAAACUUUGUAAAGAAUUGAGGAACUGACUGGGGAUUGGCCCCUUGCUAGUUGGCUGGUCAGGCUUGGGCACCCACAGCUGAAAAAAAAUGCAUUUUUGUAAAAUAGCAGCCAAGACACCUGUUCUGUUUUUGGUUUUGGGUUUUUUGUUUUGGUUUUUUUUUUUUUUUAAUUGAAGAUUAGUUUCAGUGAGUUUACACAUCUCUUACUCUGAAAAUAUUUAAAGGAAAAAUCCUAUAACCAAACAACUUUUCCUCUGAUAUUUUAACAUUAUGGGACUGUUUAAAAAUCAUAGUAAAAUUAAGAGUGCAAGUUGUAUCAAAGUGCAUCAAGUGCAGGAUGCCAAACCUUUAUAAGUCACCUGAGCUUUUUUAUGAACCCACAUGGAUUUCUUGUAUCCAGUCUUGGCCUUUCUCCAUGCCAGAGCUAUGCUGUAUUUAUUGUUGUGCAAAGUAACAAGCAUUUUAAUGUUGAGGGGAAAUGUAUUUAUUACCAAUUUUCUUAAAUAAUAUUGUU